AGUAAUCUUCGACCACCGCAAACAUGGGUAUCUCUCGCGACUCUCGUCACAAGCGCGCCGCUACCGGUGCUAAGAGGGCAUACUACCGCAAGAAGAGGGCUUUCGAGAAGGGCCGUCAGCCCGCCAACACCCGUAUCGGCACCAAGCGUAUCCACCUUGUCCGUACCCGUGGUGGUAACCGCAAGUUCCGUGCCCUCCGUCUCGAGGCCGGCAACUUCUCGUGGGGCUCCGAGGGUGUCGCCAGGAAGACCCGUGUCAUCGUCGUCGCCUACCACCCCUCCAACAACGAGCUGGUCCGCACCAACACCCUGACCAGGUCCGCCGUCGUCCAGAUCGAUGCCGCUCCCUUCAGGCAGUGGUACGAGGCCCACUACGGCACCUCCCUCGGCCGCAGGAGGCAGAAGGCCGCCGCUGGUGAGACUGAGGAGGCCAAGAAGAGCAAGAGCGUCACCAAGAAGCAGGAGGAGCGCGUCAAGGCCACCGGCAAGGUCGAGUCUGCCCUCGAGAAGCAGUUCGAGGCUGGUCGUCUCUACGCCGUCAUCUCUUCCCGUCCCGGCCAGUCCGGCCGCGUCGACGGUUACAUCCUGGAGGGUGAGGAGCUCGCCUUCUACACUCGUGCCAUCAGGAAGUAGAGGAUUGGCAUUCAUCGUGCGGGUUCUUUACGGUUUAUGCGGGGUCAAAAUUCGGUCAAUGGGCAUGUACACGGGCUGCAAGGAGUCUUGCUUUAGCAGUCACAAUUGAAGUGGGUAUGAAUAAUACCAAAUCAGCAAGUCAUGCCUGUCGCCUCGCA